GAUGCGUCUUGAAGUCUCUCCCUGAUCCAGAUAGAUACCUCCAGGCCCCAGCCAGCAGCAGCUUGGCCUACAUUUGUCUUCCCAGACACUCGGCAAACACUUUUGUGUCUAUUCUUUAGAGGAAGGGGUCUCACUGAGCUCACCCUGAAAUAUAUCACCAUGGACAAAAGGGCUGAAAGGUUAAGGAGCUCCAGGGGGCUGUGCAGCAGAGCUGGGGGGCAGGCGCCCACCACAACCAACACUAUAAAAGCAAAGAGGGGAAGGGCUCUCAGAGGCUACAGAUCUUGCCUCACCUGCCAUAAACCCCCAAAUAAAGAGAAGAUGCUGGGGCUCCCAGCGUGGCCCUGCUCGCUUUUCCUCCUCUUAGUUCUGCUCUCUGCCAGCGUACAAGCGAUGUCCUCAUCGGGACAAAGGCUCCAGGUAGGAGGGAAUGGGAUGGAGCUGCGGGAGGCUUUGGGAGUGGCAGGGGCAGUUUGGGGAGGUCGUGUUUGAACAUGGUGUGAGGUGACCCAACAUCCCAGCUCCCAAGGGCUGCUCCCUCCCCUUCAGUCCAACAGCCUCAGCUCUAGGCUGUGUCUAUACAAGCCAGCUCCUUGAGGAGUGCUAGCAUUUCAAGGUAGGGGCCAGGCAACAGACUUCUGAGUGCUCCUGGCUGUGGGUCUCUUCAAUGCGUGCAGAGGCACCCUGCCUUCAUAUCAGCUCCUCUGUCCAAGAAGAAAGCUGCAAGGCAGGAGCUAGGAUGUGAACUAGAAACGCAGGACUGAUUCCGCUAUGACUCAUCAUGGAGACACUUUCACUCUUCACUGAAGAUGCCCAUGUCUGCUUCCAUUAACUGACUGCUGGAGAAGAUGGAGCUAAAUUGCACAAAGGCAUCCAUGUGAUGCACAGGCAUGGAGUAGCCACCACAGGCCGCCGCCAUGGGCAGCAGCAUUGUGCCCCCAGGGCACCUCCUGACCCAUCUCCCUGCCGCUGGAGGAUGCUGGCGGCUAUGGAGGCAUGUAAUUAAAUUAGAGCAUGCCUGCCUGCACACAAACUAUGGAGACUUCCCAGCAGAUGAAGGGCCCGCCUUCCUUAGGCCCAUUCUGAUAGUUGACUGCUUUAUGCUAACAGUUCCUCUGUGAAAAAAAGAAACACGACAAAACACCGUGAGCACACAGCAGCACUCAGCUGCACCAAAAGGACUAAGGGCCGAUGACUGUUAUUUUCCAGGUGCUCCUUUCCCGCCUGCUGCCCUCGGAUUCCGAAUCCCUGCCGGCUGAUGAGGACAUGAAGGAGGGCUCCAGCUCCAGCUCCGAGCCGCAGCCGCUCCUCCUGCCUCGGGCCCGAGCCGCACAGCCCCUGCUGUGGCGCAAGGCCCUCGCCGAUCGCAAGCGAGCUCUGUCUGGAGACUGGGCCUGGAAGGCCGCGCCCCGGGGCUGUUUUGGGCUGAAAAUGGACCGCAUCGGGGCCUUCAGCGGGUUGGGCUGUUAGCCCGGAGAAGCUGGAGGUGAAGGGGGCAGCAGCGAGGGGCCGGCACAGCGGGCAGCGGCUCGCUCGUUGGCAGGCAGAGAGCGGCCGUGUGGAGAGCCGGCCCGGGACGAGACCCAGCUCGGGACGGGACAGGCUGGGGCAGCAGCGGCCGCAGCCCCGCGGGCAGGGCGAGGAGCGGCGGCGCGCGGGGGACUCGCGAAUUAAACCGAGCUGUGCGGAGCCUCGUGUCGGAGCUGGCGGCACCGAAGGGCGGCCGGGCCGCGAUACCCUCCCCGUGCCUCUCCCCGCCCGCGUCCGCCGGGAGAUGGCGGCAGAGCCCGCGGCUCCGCACGGCAACGCGGCCCCCACGCGCGGGGCCAUUUUGGGCGCCGCCGCCAUUCCGGGUGGGCCGGGCCGCACGCGCGUCCGCGGCCUGGGCCCGAGCCCGGCGCUGGGGGGAGGAUGGGCGGCGGGUCCAUCGAUCUGCGCCCCGGGGCCGCAGCGUUGUUCCGUCCCGCCACACUCUGCCCCUCGGCCGCUGCCGUGUUUGCCGAGCAAACAAGGGGCCUCCGCUCUCCCUGCCGGCCCUGACCCCGCGACGUGCGGGGGGCUCCCCCGGCCCCGCGAUCGCAGCCCCCUUCGGGCCGCACCGCCGCCUCCCCUGGCCUUUAAGAAAAGGUCGUAACCUCAAGCCGGGGCUAAACUUAGCCGCUGCCCCUCGGUGCUCCGGGAAUGGCAGCCGUACAAGGAGCGUUGGGUUACGGGAGCUGCGUGACCCCCCGCU